UUUGCUAAAGUUUGCUAUUAAAAGUAAGUAAAGUAAUAAAGUACAUAGGAGUUAUAAUAAAAUUAUGACUUGUUUUUCAGUAAACGAUAACUUUAUAGUUGCCGCAAGAAAUUUACUUCUAGAUUAUUAUGAUUAUCAUACACAUAAAAUAAUAACAUUAUCAACAUCGGAAGAGACCGAGAAUGAUUGCAUCGUAGAUAUUACCGUUUCGGGUGAUCAGAAAUACAUAGCGGUAAUUACAUCAAUAUCGAAAAAUUUGGUAGUGUUUUCAUCAUGUCUUGAAAUUCUCAAAAAGAUAAUCCUACCAAGAAGUGCCAGUAAAAUAAGAUUUACUCAGAAUAACAAACACAUUUUAGUAGCAGAUAAAUCUGGUGAUGCUUUGUUGUAUAAUCUAGAAGAUGAAGGAAAAUCUGGUAUAAAAUUGCUGGGGCAUUUAAGCAUUCUUUUGGAUAUAUUGCAAACUAUUGAUGAAAAAUAUAUAAUCACAUGCGACAGAGAUGAAAAAAUUAGGAUAUCUUGCUAUCCUAACACAUACAAUAUUGAAACAUACUGUUUAGGCCAUAAAGAAUUUGUAAAAAAUAUUGAAAUCUUACCUAAUAAUUAUAAUUAUUUGAUAAGUACUUCAGGUGAUGGAACUGUAAAACUGUGGGACUAUGUUAAAGGACAAUUAUGCCACACAAUUGAUACAAAUGAUAUAAUUGAUGAUGAAAAUUUAAAAGAAGUAUUCAUAAAACAAAUGGAUUCAGAGGGUGUUGAAAUCAAAUCUUUGCCAAUUGUUGCUUUUGCAGUAACCAAAGUUAAUAAACAUGUAACUCUAAUAGCUGUUGCUCUUCAUGGUUUGAAUAUUGUAUUUAUUUACAAUUUAAAUUUAGAUGAUUUCCACGGGUUUAGCCAUAAAUUAGAAUAUAAGUUAAAAGUAGAAAAAUUGCCAUCAUCUUUACUAUUUUUUGGUUUAAAUCUUUAUCUGUAUGAUAUUUCAAGUGCUUUUUUGACCAUUUAUAACAUGUCAUUAUCUGAAAAGAUGUUAAUAGAAUUUAAUAAAAAUAUUGUAAUGUUUGGAGAUGUACAGAAAAAUAUAAUUUGUAGUAAUAAAUUGGAAUCAAUUAAGGUUUUGUAUAAAAGAAAAUUUGAUAAUGUUCAUGAAUAUCAAGAAAGAAAGAAACAAAGACUAGAAUUGAAAAAUAAAGACAAUAAAUGA